UGUGUAAGUGUGUAACCUAGGAUUGGGGGUUGUCCAAUCCAUCGACAAAAAAAAGGUUUAUUGGUGCUGCACUCUACUCCCAAUUAGGGUUUCUCUGAGGUUUCAAAAUCCUGUGCCGCAGCCAUCAUGGUUCUUCAGAAUGACAUCGAUUUGCUUAACCCUCCAGUUGAGCUUGAGAAGAGGAAACACAAGCUCAAGCGUCUUGUUCAGUCUCCUAACUCUUUCUUCACCGAUGUGAAGUGCCAAGGUUGUUUCAACAUUACCACUGUAUUCAGCCACUCUCAGACCGUCGUGGUGUGCGGAAACUGCCAGACAGUAUUGUGCCAGCCGACAGGCGGCCGAGCGAGGCUGACCGAGGGCUGCUCUUUUAGGAAGAAGGGGGAUUAAAUCGGUGUGACAUCUUUUUGCUUUUUUGGUUCUUGAAAGUUUUGCUGUUCUAAGAUAGGAUCAAUGCCUUCUGUCUUUGUUUAACUAUUUAUGGUAUAUUUAUAUUUAGUUUUGUUAAAUUGUAAGACUCUUUAUUCUACAACUUUCUCUAGAACUUGAUGAUACUACCUAGCCUUUUCAUGAUAUUGCAUAUGAUUUUGGUAGAUUUCUAA